CUCCGGUUCCUCAGGACCCAGCCCACCACCGCUGCCCCCAAGGUCUCCACGGCCACCAAGCCCACCUCCCGGCGCCCCGGGGCCCUCCCCUCCAGGUUCACCCUCGCCCAAGCCACCUAGUCCCCCACUGGGCUCUCCCCCCUCCCCGCGCCCGUCGCCACCGUCACCAGUGCCUCUCCCGCCUCCAUCACCGCCAAAUCCGUCACCUGUACCCCCUUCGCUGCCGCCUCCACCCUUUCUGCCACCCUCACCACGUCCUCCAUCACCCUCACCCAAGCCACCAAGCCCUCCACCGCGUAUGCCCCCUUCCCCGCGCCCCUCACCACCAUCCCCAGCACCACAGCCGCCUCCACAGCCGCCAAGCCCGUCUCCUUCACCUCCUGCGCUGCCGCCUCCACCCUUCCUGCCACCCUCACCGCGUCCUCCAUCACCCUCACCCAAGCCACCAAGCCCCCCACCGCGUAUGCCCCCCUCCCCGCGCCCCUCACCACCAUCCCCAGCACCACAACCGCCUCCACAGCCGCCAAGCCCGUCUCCGUCAUCUCCUGCGCUGCCGCCUCCACCCUUCCUGCCACCCUCACCACGUCCCCCAUCGCCCUCACCCAAGCCACCAAGCCCCCCACCGCGUAUGCCUCCCUCCCCGCGCCCCUCACCACCAUCCCCAGCACCAAAGCCGCCUCCACAGCCGCCAAGUCCUCCUCCUUCACCUCCUGCGCUUCCGCUUCCACCCUUCCUGCCACCCUCACCACGUCCUCCAUCACCCUCACCCAAGCCACAAAGCCCCCCACCGCGUAUGCCCCCUUCCCCGCGCCCCUCACCACCAUCCCCAGCACCACGGCCGCCUCCACAGCCGCCAAGCCCUCCUUCUUCACCGCCUGCGCUUCCGCCUCCACCAUAUUUGCCACCCUCACCAAGUCCUCCUCCGCCAUCGCCCAAGCCUCCCGGUCCCCCACCACGGGCGCCCCGUUUCCUGCGGCCUCCACCACCGUCACCAGUGCCUCUCCCGCCUCCAUCACCGCCAAAUCCGUCACCUGUACCCCCUUCGCUGCCGCCUCCACCCUUUCUGCCACCCUCACCACGUCCUCCAUCACCCUCACCCAAGCCACCAAGCCCCCCACCGCGUAUGCCCCCCUCCCCGCGCCCCUCACCACCAUCCCCAGCACCACAGCCGCCUCCACAGCCGCCAAGCCCGUCUCCUUCACCUCCUGCGCUGCCGCCUCCACCCUUCCUGCCACCCUCACCGCGUCCUCCAUCACCCUCACCCAAGCCACCAAGCCCCCCACCGCGUAUGCCCCCCUCCCCGCGCCCCUUACCACCAUCCCCAGCACCACAGCCGCCUCCACAGCCGCCAAGCCCGUCUCCUUCACCUCCCACGCUGCCUCCUCCACCCUUCCUGCCACCCUCACCACGUCCUCCAUCACCCUCACCCAAGCCACCAAGCCCCCCACCGCGUAUGCCCCCCUCCCCGCGCCCCUCACCACCAUCCCCAGCACCACAGCCGCCUCCACAGCCGCCAAGCCCGUCUCCUUCACCUCCUGCGCUGCCGCCUCCACCCUUCCUGCCACCCUCACCGCGUCCUCCAUCACCCUCACCCAAGCCACCAAGCCCCCCACCGCGUAUGCCCCCCUCCCCGCGCCCCUUACCACCAUCCCCAGCACCACAGCCGCCUCCACAGCCGCCAAGCCCGUCUCCUUCACCUCCCACGCUGCCGCCUCCACCCUUCCUGCAACCCUCACCACGUCCCCCAUCGCCCUCACCCAAGCCACCAAGCCCCCCACCGCGUAUGCCCCCCUCCCCGCGCCCCUUACCACCAUCCCCAGCACCACAGCCGCCUCCACAGCCGCCAAGCCCGUCUCCUUCACCUCCCACGCUGCCUCCUCCACCCUUCCUGCCACCCUCACCACGUCCCCCAUCGCCCUCACCCAAGCCACCAAGCCCCCCACCGCGUAUGCCCCCCUCCCCGCGCCCCUCACCACCAUCCCCAGCACCACAGCCGCCUCCACAGCCGCCAAGCCCGUCUCCUUCACCUCCUGCGCUGCCGCCUCCACCCUUCCUGCCACCCUCACCACGUCCUCCAUCACCCUCACCCAAGCCACCAAGCCCCCCACCGCGUAUGCCCCCCUCCCCGCGCCCCUUACCACCAUCCCCAGCACCACAGCCGCCUCCACAGCCGCCAAGCCCGUCUCCUUCACCUCCUGCGCUGCCGCCUCCACCCUUCCUGCCACCCUCACCACGUCCUCCAUCACCCUCACCCAAGCCACCAAGCCCCCCACCGCGUAUGCCCCCCUCCCCGCGCCCCUUACCACCAUCCCCAGCACCACAGCCGCCUCCACAGCCGCCAAGCCCGUCUCCUUCACCUCCCACGCUGCCGCCUCCAC